CAGUUGCAUUGCAUUGAAAAAUUAAGAUGGAGGAGGUUCACAGUUUCUUACUUGCAGUGGCUUUCUUAGCAUCCAUCUUCUUCUUCUCAUUCUUACUAUGGGGAGCUUUGGAUUGGGUUUGGUUUAAACCGAAGAGAUUGGAGAGGGUCCUCAAACAGCAAGGCCUGAAGGGCAACCCUUACAGAGUCCUCUCAGGGGACAUGAAAGAUCUUGCCACCAUGAUAAGUGAUGCCACUUCUAAACCCAUGGAUCUCUCUGAUCAUUACACACCCACAAGACUCAUUCCCUUUUAUCUUCAUCAAAUCAACAAAUAUGGUAGGAAUUGCUAUGUGUGGAUGGGUCCACGGCCUAUGGUGUUCAUCACAGAUCCUGAUUUGGUAAAGGAGGUUCUCAAUAAACAUCAUCUGUUUCAGAAGCCCCCGACGAACCCACUGGUAGGGAAGUUGGUCCAAGGACUAGGCAGCUAUGAGAAAGAUCAAUGGGCAAAACACAGAAGGUUGAUCAAUCCAGCCUUCCAUACAGAGAAGCUCAAGCUAAUGCAACCAGCUUUCUUGCUAAGUUGUGGUGAAAUGAUAAAAAAAUGGGAAGAGAUUGUCUCGCAAAAACAGUCUUGCGAGCUUGACGUGUGGCCAGACCUUGAAGGCCUGACCGCUGACGUGAUCUCUAGGACAGCUUUCGGGAGCAGCUACGAAGAAGGAAGGAUGAUUUUUGAACUCCAAAAAGAGCAAACCAUGCACGUUAUGGAAGUUUUACGCCAGGUUUAUGUGCCCGGGUGGAGAUUUUUGCCAACUAAGAGGAACAGAAGAAUGAAUGCCAUCGAGAAGGAAGUGAAAUCAUUGAUCUGGGAUAUUAUAGGCAAGAGAAUGAAGGAAGGGAAUGCUAAGAGCAAAGAUUUAUUAGGCAUAUUAUUGGAAUCCAACAUGGAAGAAAUCAGAAAGCAGGGGAAAAAGGAGUUCGGAAUGAGCAUUGGAGAUGUCAUCGAGGAGUGCAAAUUGUUCUAUUUUGCAGGACAGGAGACAACUUCUGUGUUGCUCGUCUGGACUAUGAUCCUUCUAAGCAGAUUUCCAGAUUGGCAAGAACAGGCCAGACAAGAGGUGUUUCAUGUUUUCGGCCGGGAUGAGGAGCCAGAUUUUGAAAGACUAAAUAACCUUAAAGUUGUGACAAUGAUUUUGUAUGAGUCGCUAAGGCUAUACCCGCCAGUAGCUGAUCUGACGAGAAGGACGAUGGAGGAGACGAAAAUAGGAGACACAGUUUUUCCUCCGGGGGUAUUGUUGUCAUUACCAAUACUUCUUCUCCAUCUUGACACUGAGAUAUGGGGAGAAGAUGCAAAAGAGUUCAAACCAGACAGGUUCAAGGAAGGGGUAGUGGCAGCAACAAAUGGUAAAAACGCCUUCCUUCCAUUCGGAGGGGGGCCUCGAAUAUGCAUUGGCCAAAACUUUGCUUUAACGGAAGCUAAAAUGGCCAUGGCGAUGAUCCUACAACGCUUCUCUUUUCAACUCUCUCCUUCUUACGCUCACGCUCCCUUUUCAAUGGUGACAACUCGACCUCAACAUGGCGCUCCCCUCAUUAUGCAAAUGCUCUAAUAUGUUACCUAUGCAUGACUUCUCAGUUCCUAUGCAAUGUGAAGUCACAAUAAACACUCUUUUACUCAUAAUAAAUAAUACGAGUACGA